AUGGAAGCUGACGUUUCAACUUGUACAGUCGGGAAAUUCUUUGACAACUAUCUCCCUAACCACGGAAUGGAGUUCGAUGCGGUGGUUGGUGAUCUAAUGAAGCAGAAUGUUCUUGUUUCUCGAGGUCGUUCUUUGAGCCAGCAGCCUGCUUCGCUCCCCAAAAGUACACGUUUCACCCACACAUUCAAAUCCUUCAAAACUCUUUUCAGAUCUCGCACAACCAAUCCCACCCGCGUCGUGAAGGCGCUACAAACGAUCGGCAAUGCCGUUCGUAAAGCUCUGGGAACGUCCCCAGACAGCGAAGUCAACGGCUGCUCUGUUAGGCUCGAAGAUACCAUCGCAUUGGUCUCUCAUGGAUGCCUUACCACGAAUGAGGGCGCGCUGCAGCCCACCGAGGUUGUAGUGCCGAUGACAGCCGCUGCUGACAAUUGCGACUAUACGUUGUCGAAUGAGGCGAAGGCUAAGCUGUUGUCCCGUGCCACCGAAAUUAUGAAUGAGGACGCUCGUCGAAGGUUUUGCUUUGGUGUAACUUGUGAAGGGCCCGAGGUCACUCUCUGGCGCUUCGCCAGAUCUAUCGUUGUCAAAUCGACACCGUUCGACAUGACCGAGCAACCAGACCUUCUGGUCAAGCUUUUCGUCGCUCUAUUCUCCACCCCUCUACACCAACUCGGUUAUGAUCCAUUGGUGACUUUACUCCCCGAUGGGAACUACAUCUAUCAGCUCUCUUCGUCGACAACGCUCUAUUUUAAAACCAUACGUCCUAUCUGGGAUGUCCGUCCCACCUCCCUCUCCGGACGACGCACGCGCAUCUGGGAGGUUGAACAGGUGAUCUCGCCAGCCCAGCCAACGCGCAUCCCAGGGACUCCUACCAGGGCCCUGAAGGAUGUAUUCCUGUCUUCAAAAGCGAGGACCGAAGCUGACGUUCAGGAUGAUCUUUUCGCUGAUAUAGCGAAGCUCGGCCAGGACCCCAACUGGCGAUCUCGUCCGCUCCUAAAGGACUUUUCUCCAGUCCACCUUGAGGCGCUUGCUCAGGCGCUAGAAGGCGAUCGUUUCAAGGAAUAUUUCUCCCGCAUCAUUGCGAAUCACCUGGGGGAGGAUGAUCACCCUGCGUCGGUCACUUCGCCCACGUCUCGACCCAAGCGUCGGUGUCUCUUCUUGUACGAACAUAUUUGUACACCACUCAACAACGUCGCCACACUGGGUGAAGCCGUUGAUAUACUUAAGCAGGCUCUCAUCCCGUUACAUCUAAUGUUCUGCGCGGGCUGGGUACAUCGUGACAUCAGUCCCGGCAAUAUCCUCGCGCGUCGGGAUGCGUCUACCUCAGUAUGGCAAGUCAAAUUAUCGGACCUCGAGCAUGCGAAGAGGUUCCCUGACUGCGAGAUGGCCUCUUCCGAUCACAUCACGGGAACACCUUAUUUCAUCGCUUGCGAGAUUCUCGAGGACAACCAGUUUUUCCCUCAGACGCUAGAUCACAGUAAACCACCCCGCACAUACCAGCUCUUCGACAUCGUCCACACGUACCAAUAUGACUUGGAGUCGAUCUGGUGGAUUCUGCUCUGGCUGGUAACCGUGCGAGUCAACCAGAACCUGCCAAAAUGGUUCGGAAACAAAUAUUUUCAGCAGCGGGUCGAUUUGGAGUACGCUGGGACGCGGGCCUAUUUGUUCACCAGACCCCUCGCCUACGUUCCCAAGAUAAAGGAAUGCAUCCCUCAGGAACUACUUUCGUCAUUCUUCGGCCGCCUCGACGUUCUGCGAAAUGAUCUUUACCGCGAAUAUGUCACUCGGAACCGCGAUGGAAGUUAUAUAGAUAUCGAAUCCUACUCCUGGAUUGCGAGCGAGGGAUUCAACAAGUUUUAUACUGGGAUAGAAGACUCCAGGGAUGAGUGGGGAGCUAUCGACCUCAUAGUUGAUACGGUACCCGAACCUGCCCUUGACGUCCGAAAAGAAGACCCUUCGCCUCCUCCCCAGUUAUCCAACAUCCCGUUAUCAAACAAACGCAAAGCUAACCCGGCUCUGGGACAGGGGGGACCGUUGAAGAAGAGGCGAUCAGGUGGAGCGAGGGAUAGGGCGGUCGCUGUGCGAGUGGACGGACCGGUGACCAGGUCGAUGACAAGAAACGCGGGACCAAUGACGAGGUCUGCCACUCGACGUCUUCAGGAAGCGGAGAAAAGAAAGCUCGCGCUUCAGACAGGGACUCGCUCGUCGAAAUAG